GACAAGACAACUGCCCAUCGCGGCUAUAAAGAGCAAGGUCCCUCUCUAUUGUUGCAUCUCUUCUUUUUCCUUCACAAGGACCUUUCAACUAACGGUUAUGCGUUCUAUGAAUACACCACCCGAAAAAGAUUGGAUUGCGCUGGACAGUGGCCAGGUCCGAAGCGGACUUGGCCUUCAGUCAUCCAGGACAUCUGAAAGACUCAACCAGGUCGACCGUGUUCGAGCCAACGGGGUUGGGGACCACAUCGCUCUGCCGCAGCUUGUUGUGUGUGGCGACCAGUCGGCAGGAAAGAGCUCUGUUUUGGAAGGGAUUAGCGGAAUCCCCUUCCCUCGACAAGACGGCCUAUGCACCAGGUUUGCGACUGAAAUCAUCCUCCGUCACCAGCCAGGGGAGCAGCGAACCACGGCCACCAUCAUUCCGAACGUGUCGCGCGCAGAGGACGAGAAGACCAGACUCAGUGCUUUCCACCGCGACAUUACCGAUCUUGCCGAUCUGCCAGGUAUCAUUGCCGAAGCUUCAAGGUUGAUGGGCCUGGAGGGGUUUAGUGAGUUCGCGGAUUCAUCGGUCUUUGCGGCUGAUGUACUGCGCUUGGAGAUUGUCGGCAAUACCGGCUUGCAUCUGACUCUCGUUGAUCUCCCUGGCCUGAUAUCCGUUUCCGAGAAUGAGGAAGAUGUGCAGCUCGUGGGCGAUCUUGUCAAUUCUUACUUGGAAAACUCGCGAACGAUCAUUCUUGCCGUGGUGCCCGCAAGUAGCGAUGUGGAUACACAGAGUAUCAUUCAACGUGCUCGUCGUUUUGAUAAGGACGGCCUAAGGACUGUUGGGAUUAUUACGAAACCAGAUCUCAUCAAUGACGGGGCCGAGCCUCGUGUUGCAAAACUAGCCAACAAUAACGACAAAACGAAGCUAAAGCUCGGCUUUUUCCUUCUUAAGAACCCCAAGCCUGUGGAGUUGGAAAAGGGCAUGACUAUGUCACAGCGUCGUCAAGCCGAGUCGGAGUUUUUCGCUAGCCCGCCGUGGAAAACACUAGGACUCGAUUCUUCGCGUGUCGGAAUAGACAACCUUCGAACGUUUAUGCAGGAUCUCCUCAAUUGUCAUAUCGAGCGUGAACUACCCAAGGUUCGAAAGGACGUGACUGAGCUACUCAACAAGACGAGCGCAGAACUUGUGGAUCUUGGGGCUGAGCGACACUCGCCGGCGCAAAUACGCAUGUACCUCACUCGUGUCAGUACAGACUUUCAUAAUCUUGUCAAAGCUGGAGUCGAAGGGAUGUACGGAAGUCGGGAUGGUUUCUUCCAGGAAAUUGAUGACCAAAAUGAAUAUCAUCGUCUCCGCGCUGCUGUUCACAUGGAAAACGGGAAAUUUUCGAACUAUAUGAGGACACAUGGACAAAAACGCAGAGUGGUUUCGUCUGAACAUCUGAGCGAACUGGAACCAGAGAGUGGCCAGCUUUUGGUCACCGCUGAGGAUAUGUCGUCGUGGAUCAAGAAGAUUUAUUACCGUACUCGAGGCCGAGAACUACCGGGUAACUACAACCAUACUCUGCUAGCUGAGUUAUUCCAUGAGCAGUCAGGGCGCUGGGCGGACAUCGCCCGUAGCCAUGUCGAUAAUAUUGUGGGCUUGGUGUCUCGGUUUGUACACUCUGUUUCGGCAUUCGUUAUCAAAGAUACGAAUGUGCGUGAAAACGUCCUGCGACGCAUCACGGUUUCUAUGGAGAAUAACGCCAGGGCGGCGUGCAGUGAGCUUGCCAAGCUACUGGAGGACGAGGCUGGUUCUCCCAUCACCUACAAUCACUAUUAUACAGACAACAUCCAGAAAGCGCGGAAUGAUCGUUCUAGACAGGACCUUGGUACAUCGCUUCACAAUACCAUCAACGAUGAUUGGAAUGGUCGUUUCCACGUCAGCAACUCACCGGAUGAGAUCAGCCGCCUUGUGACGUCUCUCCAGAACCAUGGUGUCAUUGUUGACAUGGAGGAGCGGGCUUGCUCCGAAGCGCAAACUGAUCUAGACGCCUAUUAUAAGGUUUGCGUGCUACCCGGAUAUUUCUGA